AUGAAUCAAUCAAGAGGCUACGGUGGCCGGAGAAAAGGCAUCCAGAUGGGAAACAUUCUCGGUGACCCUUUUGCCCUAGCCACAAUCUCCAUCUCAGCACUCGCAUGGAUCAUUGCGUUCAUCGGCUUCAUCGUGUCCGCUGUAGAAGCUGAGGACGACCCGGGUUUCAACAACUUCCCCUGGUGGUCCGUCAUCUACAGCCUUCUUCUCAAUAUCUUUGUCUUCGUCAUUGUCGCCAGCGAUACCAUUCACACCUACCACGUCGCCCUUACCGGGUACUGCUCCGCCGGUAUCGUCCUGACUAGCGUCGCCAUCCAUGCCCUCAUUUACCAGCAGAGCGGUGCCAGGCAAGCCGCCGCCGCCGGCUUUGUCCUUAUUGCCAUCAUCCAGAUGAUCUGGACUUUCUACUUUGGCUCGACGCCGUCAUCGACGCCGCGCGCCUUCCUUGACUCCUUCGCCCUGACCAAGGAGUCGGCCACGAUGCACCGUCAGACCAUGAACGCUUACGGCGGCACCGGCCGCCCCGAGACGUCCAACUCUGUCCAGCCCCCGCAGAUGUACACCUCGGCCCAGCUCAACGGCUUCGAGAACCCCUCGCCCGUGGGCGGCACGUCGCAGGUCAACGGGGCCGGCAGCCGCGCCUCGGCCAUGGGUGGCUACAGCUCGUCUCAGCUCCCCAAGUCCGCGGCAUCACCGGGCGCCGACACCGAGGUCGUCCCGCCCACCGAGUACCCCUACCGUGCCAAGGCCAUCUACAGCUACGAGGCCAACCCCGAGGACGCCAACGAGAUUGCCUUUGCCAAGCACGAGAUCCUCGAGGUGUCAGACGUCAGCGGCCGCUGGUGGCAGGCCCGCAAGGAGACGGGCGAGACGGGUAUCGCGCCCAGCAACUACCUCAUCCUGCUAUGA